AUGCCCAACUACAAGGUUGCCGACAUCUCGCUUGCCGCUUUCGGCCGCAAGGAGAUCGAGAUCGCCGAGGGUGAGAUGCCCGGUCUCAUGGCCCUCCGCACCAAGUACGGUGCCGAGCAGCCCCUCAAGGGCGCCCGCAUCGCCGGUUCGCUCCACAUGACCAUCCAGACCGCCGUCCUCAUCGAGACGCUCGUCGCCCUCGGCGCCCAGGUCACCUGGGCCUCGUGCAACAUCUUCUCCACCCAGGACCACGCCGCCGCCGCCAUCGCCGCCACCGGCGUCCCCGUCUUCGCCUGGAAGGGCGAGACCGAGGAGGAGUACGACUGGUGCCUCGAGCAGACCCUCACCGCCCACCCCGAGGGCCCCAACAUGAUCCUCGACGACGGCGGUGACCUCACCUGGCUCGUCCACGACAAGUUCCCCCAGCUCCUCGACCAGAUCAAGGGUGUCUCGGAGGAGACCACCACCGGUGUCCACAUCCUCUACUCGGCCAUGAAGAAGGGCACCCUCAAGCUCCCCGCCAUCAACGUCAACGACUCGGUCACCAAGUCCAAGUUCGACAACUACUACGGCUGCCGCGAGUCGCUCGUCGACGGCAUCAAGCGCGCCACAGACGUCAUGCUCGGCGGCAAGGUCGCCAUCGUCGCCGGCUUCGGUGACGUCGGCAAGGGCUGCGCCGAGUCGCUCCGUGGCUACGGCUGCCGUGUCAUCGUCACCGAGAUCGACCCCAUCAACGCCCUCCAGGCCUCGAUGGCCGGCUACCAGGUCGACAUCAUGGACGACGUUGCCAGCCAGGCCGACAUCUUUGUCACCACCACCGGCUGCCGUGACAUCAUCACCGGCGCUCACUUCGAGGCCAUGAAGGACGACGCCAUCGUCUGCAACAUCGGCCACUUCGACAUUGAGAUUGACGUUGCCUGGCUCAAGGCCAACGCCCAGAGCGUCGUCAACAUCAAGCCCCAGGUGGACCGCUACACGCUCAAGAACGGCAAGCGCAUCAUCCUCCUUGCCGAGGGCCGUCUCGUCAACCUCGGCUGCGCCACCGGCCACCCUUCCUUCAUCAUGUCGGCUUCCUUCUGCAACCAGACGCUCGCCCAGAUCGCCCUCUGGAACGACAAGCAGGGUCAGUACAAGCGCGGUGAGGUCUACAUGCUGCCCAAGGAGCUCGACGAGGAGGUCGCGCUUGCCCACCUUGGCCGCCUCAACGUCAAGCUCACCAAGCUCUCCAAGGUGCAGGCCGACUACCUCGACCUGCCCGUCGACGGCCCCUACAAGCGCGACACCUACCGCUACUAA